AUGGCCAGCACCCAAGGAUCUCAACCCGAGACCAAGAGCUACACCCCAUCCGUCUUCAGCCAAGAAACCCUCGUCGCCUCCGACACCAACUCUCUCCACCCUCUCAUCCGCAACGCCGAAGACCCCUCCGACCACCCCCUCCGCGGCACCGAACCCCAGCCUGCCCGCUCCGAUAACUACCACUACGUCUCCACGCGCGUCGUAAAGGAAAUACCCAAAGCCAAGGCGCCUGCUGACACGAUGAGUGCGUUGAGCAAGUUUAAGAUGAUGUUGAAGCCUCCUGUCGUGAAGGCGGUUGAGGCUCUGCCGAGUCAUGAGGGGAAGUCGUAUCAUGUCCACGAGGAGGGGCGCAUUAUUGAGACUACGGUGAGGAGAGCAGGUACAUCGCGCAACGUCUUUGCUAAUGGCGAUGGUGGCGGUGGCGGCGGAUCUUGA